GCGCCGUUUCCAGUUGAGAGAUGGCGGCCGCCGCAGGUAGAUCGCUCCUGCUGCUCCUCUCUUCCCGGGGCGGCGGCGGGGGCGCCGGCGGCUGCGGGGCGCUGACUGCCGGCUGCUUCCCCGCCCUGGCGGUCAGCCGCCACCGGCAGCAGCAGCACCACCGGACGGUCCACCAGAGGCUCUCCUCCUGGCAGAAUUUGGGAGUUGUUUAUUGCAGUACUGUUGUGCCCUCUGAUGAUGUGACAGUGGUUUAUCAAAAUGGGUUACCAGUGAUAUCCGUAAGGCUACCAUCCCGGCGUGAACGCUGCCAGUUCACACUCAAACCUAUCUCAGACUCCGUUGGUGUGUUUUUACGGCAACUGCAAGAAGAGGAUCGGGGAAUUGACAGAGUUGCGAUCUAUUCUCCAGAUGGCGUUCGAGUUGCUGCCUCAACAGGAAUAGACCUCCUCCUCCUUGAUGACUUUAAACUGGUCAUUAAUGACUUAACAUAUCAUGUACGACCACCAAAAAGAGACCUCUUAAGCCAUGAAAACGCAGCAACGCUGAAUGACGUGAAGACGCUGGUCCAGCAGCUCUACACCACGCUGUGCAUUGAGCAGCACCAGCUAAACAAGGAGAGGGAGCUUAUCGAGAGAUUAGAAAACCUCAAAGAGCAGCUGGCUCCCCUGGAAAAGGUACGAAUCGAAAUUAGCAGAAAAGCUGAGAAGAGGACCACUUUGGUGCUAUGGGGUGGCCUUGCCUACAUGGCUACACAGUUUGGCAUUUUGGCCCGGCUCACCUGGUGGGAAUAUUCCUGGGACAUCAUGGAGCCAGUCACCUACUUUAUCACUUAUGGAAGUGCCAUGGCAAUGUAUGCAUAUUUUGUAAUGACACGCCAGGAAUAUGUUUAUCCAGAAGCCAGAGACAGACAGUACUUACUAUUUUUCCAUAAAGGAGCCAAAAAGUCACGUUUUGACCUAGAGAAAUAUAAUCAACUCAAGGAUGCAAUUGCUCAGGCAGAAAUGGAUCUUAAGAGACUGAGAGACCCAUUGCAAGUGCAUCUCCCCCUCCGACAAAUUGGUGAAAAAGAUUGAUCUGCAAAGAGCCUGUGAAUCCCGGCAGAAAGAACACCUGUUUAUAACUCUUGCCUUUUUAAUUAAAGCAUUGCAGGUGGAAGCUGGGAGCCAUGUGGGGGUAGAGGGUUUUUACCUUUAAUUAUAAAACAAAAAGGAUCUUAGAGAAAAAAAGAAUGUUAAAAUCUGAGGAUCAGGCAUCAUGGAAAAUAAGCUCAAAGGGCUUAGUGAAUAUUGUCUUAAUCAAGCAUCUUAAUUUCUGAAUGAAAAUGAUGCAUUUAUAUAGUUGAGAGAUUCACAAAGAGAAAACAAUGCUGGGGGUGUUGGUUUCUUGCAUCUUCUUCGCAGGGUCAGCAAAACAGUAACACACCAGCACCCCACCGAGCUCUAUUUUUUUUUUAAUUUAACAUUUCUUAUUUUUGACAUAAAUAAAUAUACCUGAAAAGCAAAUCCUCAUGAUAUGUGGGUGGCAACAGAGUCUGAGCCCAUAUCAUUAGCAUUUAUUUUAAAUUGAACCCAGUCUCUGCAAAGUUACUAGGAAUCUCUUCCUCUAGUCCCCCUUUCUGACCAACUACCUGUUGGUUACACUAAUUUUAUCCAAAUGAUGAUUGGAACUGACUAUGACUGAUAAUUGAUACUUUGGAUUUCCCUUAAUACCUUCUUAAAUGUCUAUAUAUCCCAGUGCUCUGGAUCAGUAUCUAGAAAUCAUUGGCAAUACUACAUGAAGUUUCUCUGUUUUGUUUUUCACAAUUAGUCUUUCAGAGGAGGAAAAAUUUCCCUCUAAAUACCUAUCCCUCUCCCUCCACAACUCAGAUCAGAGGAGGGUGUUCAGCUGUAUUACCAAAUCAGGAAGAUGUAAGGUUUACAAAUUGACUAAAAAUCAUGGCUCUUUAGCUAUUUCAGAACCAGAAUGAUCUCACUGCUGUUAUUCUGCUUGUAUGACAGUUACGAGCCGCCCAGAUGGCACUGCUGUGUCUGGGGGCUUUAUUAAUCUUAAAAGACACACUUCCACACUGUUUGUGAGCUCUCCCACCUCCACCACCCAGUUGUUAUAAAUCAAGUGUGUGGAUCUCAAAGGGUGCAAUUUAUCUUUAUACAGGAAUACAUUUCUAUGGCUUCCUUCAGCCUCCCCUCUCCACCCUAUUUUUUCUUAUAUUCAAAUGAGAGAAAGAAAAAUUGAUCUUAUACUCUAUCAAAAUGUUUUCUACCGCAUUUCCAGAUGACAUCUGCACGUGAAGAGUAAAGGAAUCUGUGUGUGAUAUCAUGUUUUUAAUGACUGUGAGGGCAGGAUGGCCAGGAGGAUGGGGGCUCGCUACACAUCUGAUUGUCUUUCUUUCACAUGACUCAUCCCUCCUCAUGUGACAAGAAGUUUCUUUUUCUUCCUCCUUUGGGAUCAUUGUAUAUGAAGAGAAAACCUUUAAAUGACAAAUCCAGACUCCAGGUGCCUUGCAGAGGUCAAAGGCCAGACUGCUGCUCCCGCCACCACCCUUCACUGGCAUGAUGGAAUGAAAGGAUGCAUGCCCGCCCCCAGCCCGCCUCCAACUUCCUUCCCUGUCCUUCAGCCCCUCCCUCAUUUAUUUUUGUUGUUGGAUUAUUUUUAAACCAUUUAUCAUGUUUGUGUCAGGGUUUUUAAGAAGAAACAGCACAGUGCAAUGAGCAAAUCCUUUUGGGGUGUGUGGGAGGCAAGGGAGGGAGGACUCGGAGAAAAGUCCUUUAAACAAAUAGCAAAAUAUUGAACAUGUGUAAAAUCCUGUAUCAUUUAUGAAAUAUGUAUAAAAAGCAAUGUACCUUCUGGAACAAUAAAUACUUAUUCAAUUUUUGAA